AUGAAAAAGAUUUUACAUCUUGGAAAUACAUUAAACCAAGGAACUGCUAGAGGUUCUGCUCUUGGAUUCAAAUUAGACAGUCUCUUGAAACUCACAGAUACGCGUGCAUCCAACAACAAGAUGACGCUCAUGCAUUAUCUUUGUAAGGUGCUUGCUGCAAAGACACCAGAACUUUUAGACUUUCAUGAAGAUCUUGUUAGCUUAGAGGCUGGAUCUAAGAUACAAUUGAAAUCUUUGGCAGAAGAGAUGCAAGCCAUUCUCAAAGGCAUAGAGAAGGUGAAGCAGGAAUUGGCUGCUUCGGAAAACGAUGGUCCCGUAUCUGAAACUUUUUGCAAGACAUUGAAGGAAUUCGUCACCGUUGCUGAGACCGACGUUGCAUCUGUGACGCAUCUCUAUUCUCAUGCGGGGAGAAAUGCAGAUGCACUAGCUCUAUAUUUUGGUGAGGACCCUGCACGAUGCCCUUUCGAACAAGUCAUUGCAACCCUCUUGAACUUUGUCAGAAUGUUCUGUAAAGCCCAUGAAGAAAACUGCAAACAAGCUGAAUUAGAAAAGAAGAAAGCUCGGAAAGAAGCUGAAGUGGAGAACACCCAAGGAUUAACUCGUGAUCAGCCUAUGCUCGUCUACUAUUUUUUACUGCAGACGCUGGAGGAUGCAGCCAACGAGCCCUCAGCUUUGCUGGAAAUGCGGGGCAGAGAGUGCUGUCGAGCCAUCACAAAACCUGAAACUGUAGAGAGAAGGAAAUAUGAGAAAGCCUGGUGGCCAUUUGGUGCUGAUCUCAUCGGAGAUUUCUUCAUCAGAGGUUGGACUACUGAGAAGUCUGCUCAUCGCCAGAUGAAACCUGUACAUAAAUGCUAA